AUGGAUCCAAACAAUCUUCCAAGCAAGUCCUCUAGCUACGUAGGACUGCUUCACAGUCAACAAGGUAGCGUGUUCCAUGAAAACUUUCCUUAUGAAAGUUUUCAUUCUAGUGUUAACUUCGGAGAAUCACAGCCUUUUCCGGCUUUCAGCUCACAACAAUCUCAAGAUGCACCAUUAGAGCCACCAGUACAGACACCGGCUGCCCGUGGUGUAAGGCGCAAAUGGAAUCCAGCAGAUGACGAGGUGCUGAUCAGUGUGUGGCUUAAUACUUCGAAAGAUGCAAUUGUUGCAAAUGAGCAGAGGUCGGGGGCCUUCUGGAAACGGGUUGCUGCUUAUUAUGCAGCAAGUCCCCAUGGAAUAGAGGAUGGUGGGAAGGAGCACGGUUGUUGCAAGAAGAGGUGGCACAGAAUUAAUGAAGAUGUUAACAAGUUCUGUGCCGCAUACUCAGCAGCAGAGCGACAAAUGAGAAGUGGUGAGAGUGACACUGACGUUCUGAAGAAGGCACAUGACAUUUUCUUCUCUGAUCAAGAGCACAAGUUCACACUUGAACACGCUUGGUGUGUGUUGAGGUUUGAACAGAAGUGGCUCAGCCUCAACGCACCCACGACUGCUGGCGUUUCGAAGAGGAAGAAUGUGGACGUAAAUUCCCAAACAUCUAAUACUGAAGGCUUCGUUGAUGUUGAGAGCAGGCCCGAAGGUGUCAAGGCUGCUAAGGCCAAAAGAAACACGGGUAAAGGGAAGUCUGUGGCUGAGAUUGCGACCGUUUGGGAAAUGAAGAAGGACGAUUUGGUGAGGAAGGAGAGACUGUCGAGGCUAGCAAUACUAGACACUCUCCUUACCCGUACUGAACCAUUGACUGAGGCGGAAGUUGUUGUGAAGAAUAAGCUCCUAGCGGAGUUAUUCUAAAAAAAAAAUGUCUCUUUAUGUAUGAUAUUUUCUGUAUGCUCUAUGUUCUUGUUUGAUGUAUGUCCUAUGUUCUUGUUAGGUGUUUGGUCCAUGUAGUCCGUUUUCCUUAAAUGAGUUUUUAUUAAUGAAUCAUUUUCUUUAAAUGUCUUCGCUCUAAAUAUGUGUAUGUAAUUUAAAUGUUGACAAUGUAUGCAGGUUAAGUUAAAAUGGGACAUUACAGCUAUACGCAGCCAUCAGAAGAGGAGGAUUUAUUUGGAAACAAUGAGGACAGUGACUACAGCGAGACGGAUGAUCUCAUACGACGUGACCAAGCUGAGUUAAGCUUGGAACGUACUCAACAGGUUGACUACCCUCCGCAACCGGAGGUAGAGUUUAGUUUUCCGCAGGUUUGCUAUUGUGGUGCUACGCCACUGCUAGCAACGUCUAACAACAGGCAAGAUCAAGGCAGAAGAUUUUUCACUUGUGCGAACAAAGACGACGGCGAAUGCCAUGUCUACAAAUGGUGGGAUGAGGCGCUGAUGGAGGAGAUGAGAGCCAGAGAUAUCCACGUGCUUCAGCUAGGUGAAAAGGUAGAAAGCCUAACCCUUUUGAGUGACUAUGACACAGAGCAGAAGAUACGAAACCUAGAGAAGAUUGUGGGUGAUAUGGCUAAGGAGAAAUCUUCUUUUAGUCAUGGGUUUGAGUGCUUUGUAAUAGGCAUAGUUGUUCUUGUUGUUGUAAUAUGCUUGGUUGUUAUGUUUGGAUAAUUUUAACUUCUCUAACCGGCAUGGUUUGGGUUUUUACCGGAUGUUAAGGAUAUGGUUUUGUACUCUUUAAUAUAACGCAUAAGUUUGUUUAAUUGUGCUCAAAUAGAAUGGCUGACAAUAACUAACAUGAUCGAGUUUCUUAUUUGUAACAU